AUGGAAACUGAUUCGACAGCAACUUCCGCACCGUCACCCACCACUACAGCAAGUGCAAGUGCAGAACCGAAACUUCCGGUAUGCAUCCUAGUACUUGGUAUGGCCGGUUCUGGAAAGACGACAUUUCUUCAACGUAUCAAUGCACACUUACACAGUGAAAAAACUCCACCGUAUGUCGUGAAUCUUGAUCCAGCCGUUCAUGAACUUCCAUAUCCUUGCAAUGUGGACAUUCGUGAUACAGUUAAUUAUAAACAAGUCAUGAAACAAUAUAGUCUUGGUCCUAAUGGUGCCAUUGUCACAUCUUUGAAUUUAUUUUCGACAACAUUCGAUCAAUUGUUAUCAAUAUUGGAUAAAAAUCAAUCAAAAUAUCGUUAUUUUCUCUUCGACACACCCGGUCAAAUUGAAGUAUUUACAUGGUCAGCAUCAGGUACAAUUAUCACCGAAGCGUUAGGCGCAACUUAUCCAACCGUUAUUGUUUACAUUAUGGAUACACCACGAUCGGCAAAUCCAAUUACAUUUAUGUCGAAUAUGCUCUAUGCCGUGUCGAUACUUUAUAAAUAUCGUUUACCGUUUAUAGUUGUGUUGAAUAAGACUGAUAUCAUUCAUCAUCGUUUUGCUCUCGAAUGGAUGAAGGAUUUCGAAUUAUUUCAAUCAGCUAUCGAACAAGAACAUUCGUAUUCGACAGACCUAUGCCGAUCAUUAAGUCUUGUCUUAGAUGAAUUCUAUGCGAAUUUACGUUGUGUUGGUUUUAGUUCCAUGACCGGUGAUGGUUGUAAAGAAUUCUUCGAAGCUGUUGACGAUGCAUGCCAUGAGUAUGAACAUGUUUAUAAAGUAGAAUAUAACAAAUGGCAAGAAAAGCGAAGCAAACGUGAAGAGGAUAAACGUGAAAAAGAUUUAAAACGGUUGAAGAAUGACUUGAAUACAGAACCGAGUCUGAUCGGCGAAAAACGCAUUCGGUAUGACGAUAAUGAAAGUGAUGUUGACGAUGAUGAUGAGGAUGACGAGGAUCGAACGAACAAUAAUGAUGAUUAUGAAGAAGAAGAAGAAGAAUCCUUCAAACGUUACUUGGCGAAGAGUGUCAAAAAUCCUACUACUACUAAUGAUAACAUGGACAUGUAA